AUGGAAGCAUUAUAAUCAUUAAAAAAUAAAAUAUCCAUUUUAGAAUAGCAAGUUGCAUAAAAAUAACUAAAAUUAGAUGAAGAUUAAUUACAUUUAUAGCAAUUAUAAACAAUGGAAGAAUAUAAUUCUCACAAAAUAUGUAAAGGAAGUAAAAUAAGAAUUACAAUUUUUGAUGCUUAAAUUUAAUUUCCUGGAAAUACUCAAGUGGCAAUUAUUUUAGGUUGUGAUGAUAUAAAAUACUCAACAAAACCAGCAAAUAGAUAAAAUCCUGUAUGGAAUGAAAAAUUUGAAUUUAAUAUAAUUACUGGAGAAGAGGAAAUAUAUAUUGUAAUAUUAGAUGAAGAAUUAAUAGAAAAAUAAGAAAUUGGCGGAUAAGCAAAACUCAAUUUAAAAGAAUUUUAUGAUCAAAAGCCUCAUGAUAUUUAAUUGUAAUUGAAAGAUAAAUAUGGUGUUGUUCUCUAUUCAAAAAUGAAUUUAAGAGUUUAAUGGAUUCAUUCUUAAGUACUAUAAUCACUUAUUUUAGACAAAAUAUUUCAAAGAGUCUAUUAAAGAUAAUCAAUAGGUUAUUGAGGAUCUCUCUCAAGAUAUCAAUGAAUACAAAAGUGACAUCUUAUAACUCUUUUAUCCUUUCGAUGAUAAGAAUCAAAAUCAAUUAAAUGAUAAAUCAAUUGUAACUGAAUAAUCGACUGUACAAUAAAUACAUGAUUUCCAUUUUUAUGAUACUUCUUAAGCACAACUUUGGGUUAAAUUAGCAUUAACUUUUACAUUGCUUUACUUCAUUUUAGUCUUAAUUGCUAAUUUAUUUAAGACACAAUUUGUAGAUGUAAAAUACUACUUUAAUAAUAGUUAAUAGUAUUAUUUUAUAGUUUAUUCUAUUAUAUGAAUAAUAAUAAGUUACAAUCUUUGUUACACUUUAAAAUUAUAUCAGCUAUGAUUAUUGUAACAAUUAUUUUAGAUAUUGUUUGGUUUGUUAUUUUUACUAAUCCUUGGACAACUAAUAGUGUACUAUUUUUUUAAUUAGAGCACAGUUUCUAAAUGUAUGAAGUAAUCAUCUCAUACAUAUUACUUGGUAUUAAAGUAAUUUAAAUAUUAAUUAUAUAGGUGAUUCUACCAAGCAUUUAUUUUUAUUUAUAUUUAAUGUGUCCAGAUAAAAGACAUAAUAUCUAUGAUGCUUAAUAUGAAAUAAUAUUUGGACAUAAUUUAUCAAGAAGCUAAGUUAAUGAAGAUCCAAAUUUAUAUAGCUUUAGAAACACAAAUCAUUAUUUGCAUUAAUCAUUUUCUAAAAAUAUAUGA